CGACAGACGAGGCUUCAGUGGAUGGAUGAUGGCCAUGUACCUACAGGUCAGAGGUCACAACAUCGCCUUGAACUGUUAUUAAUACUGCACUACUGUCCUGAUAAGGCUUCCCUCUAAGUUCAAAGGUUACUGAAGUUCAGAGAGUGCCGAACAGGGCUGAGCUUUGGCAGAAAGAUGGAGCACGUUUAUCUCCCACCAUUAUCCCGUGUUGCCGUUUGUGGUGGCACCCAUGGAAAUGAGAUGUCGGGGGUGUACAUAGUGAGAGAAAUGCAGAAACAGAAGGUGGAUAAGGCUGGAUCUGUUUCUGUAACUGCCGUCCUAUCAAACCCAUUGGCUGUCGAUGCUUGCAGAAGAUACAUAGAAACAGAUCUCAACCGUUGUUUCACAAAUGCCUUGCUGAGUGCCCCAAUAACAGACUCCACACCCCUUGAGUUGAAGCGAGCCCAGGAGCUGAACACUCUGCUCGGGCCCAAAGGAAGCCAAGAGGCCGUGGAUCUGGUCUGUGACAUUCACAACACCACUGCCAACAUGGGCCUAUGCCUCAUCUUUUACUCCGUAGACUGGAUCACCCUGCACAUUUUUAAAUAUAUGCAGAGCAAGAUGACGUCUGCACCCGUGAGAGCAAUCCAGCUGGAUAUACCAAUUUCUGAAGCUUACUCCCUAGAAUCAGUGGGCAAACAUGGCUUUGCGAUCGAAGUUGGCCCUCAACCCACUGGAGUGCUCAGAGCUGAUAUCUAUAACAUUGUGAAGGAAGCGGUAGACCUCACAAUAGAGUGGCUUCAAAAAUUCAAUUCUGGAACUACUUUUGAAGGAGGUGAGGUUGAAGCAUACAGUUUGGUGAAGAGCGUAGACUACCCGAGGGAUCCUACGACCAAUGAGAUUACUGCUGCCAUACAUCCCGAGCUACAGGAUAAUGACUUCAAGCUUCUCCAGCCGGGCGACCCCUUAUUCCAGUCAUUUUAUGGGGAGACGGUGAAGCACGAGGGUGAAGAACUCUACCCUUUCUUUGUGAAUGAAUGUGCCUACUACGAGAAGAAGAUUGCUUUCCAUUUAGCUCAGAAGAAAACACUGACCGUCCCGUCUGUCAAUGUGAAGAAGAACUGAGAGUAAAGAGACAGAAUUAGACCAAGAUGUACUGGAGAGAUUUUAAAUCAUAACCACAGAAAUAAUGUGUACACUCCAUGUAUAAUCACAUUUUAAAUGAUCUCACAUAAUUCUCAGGAGCAAAUACACUAAACUAUGCAAUGAUGAUCAAAUUUUCUGCAGGUGCUGGAUACAAUAACAUGAUUAUCUCACACCUCAUUAUCUAUCACCUCACUAUAUGUCCGCCACUACCUCUGUGAGGCUUAAAAGAGAGCUCACUGUGCCAAAGUGGUUGUUGAUGUUGUACUUGACUGAAUGAUAUUGCACAGGUGCUGGAGUUAUAAUCCUCCACCUCCUGAAUCUAUAUUAACUAGAAUCAAUUACUCUAAGGAUAUUGAUCUUUUUGCACUAAUAAUAAUGCAAAAACUGUGUUUGAAUAAAUGGAAACAUGGUUCAAUUUGAGCAGAGUGUUUUGACCUGGUUUGGAUCUUUUUUAAGGUCAAAGGAUUGCUCAGUUGCCAAAUGAUUUGUGGUUGUUAGUCGAAGAAAAGAGAUGAGGUACUUUUAUGCAGAGCAGAGAGAGAGAAAGUAUCAAAGGACUUUAUUUAGUCUGUUAUAGUAACGGUUUAAAAUUUACAACAGAAUUGCUUCAUAUUGUCUUCACCCGGGUGGAGAUCAAUAAAAUAGACUGAUUACACCUGGUACUCUGUGCAGAAGAUACACUGUAAACAUUAAACUAU